GGGGUCAUGUUGUACUUUUGGUCAUUAGGCCCAGUUGCAGCGUCAUUAUUAUGCGACCGGUGCGCGACGUCACACCGCGACUUGCAGUACGCAUGCGAUUCCUUAUUGGUCGUUGAAGCUAAAGCGAUUCAUUUAAGUGAAGGUGUCCGUGCUGUAAUCUGGAUAUAAAUCCUCUUACAUAAAACUGUGCACAGUUAUGUCCACGAGUGAUUUUUAUUUGAGGUACUAUGUGGGCCAUAAAGGUAAAUUCGGCCACGAAUUUCUGGAAUUUGAAUUCAGACCGGACGGCAAGCUGAGAUAUGCAAACAACAGUAACUACAAGAACGACGUCAUGAUCCGAAAAGAGGCUUAUGUUCAUAAAAGCGUGAUGGAAGAGUUGAAGAGAAUCAUUGACGACAGUGAGAUCACAAAAGAAGACGAUGCCUUGUGGCCCCCUCCAGACAGGGUCGGCCGACAGGAACUGGAGAUUGUCAUUGGUGAUGAACACAUUUCAUUCACAACCUCCAAAAUUGGAUCUUUAAUUGACGUCAACCAGUCCAAGGAUCCAGAAGGACUCAGAGUCUUCUACUACCUGGUCCAGGACCUCAAAUGCCUUGUAUUCAGUCUCAUCGGCCUCCACUUCAAAAUCAAGCCCAUCUAACUACCUAGUUGCUUUUAUCCUGGAUGAAAGUCAUUUUAGUUUAUUGUUUGAGCUAUUUUCAAUAUUUGUAUAUUGCUUGGUUUUGCUGUUUUUUUUGUUUUGUUUUUUUUUUAAAUAAAAACUUGUUCAGCUGUU